AUUGGCGGGUUAACUCGGUUUAGUACGGAUCUGACAAACACCAAGUGAGCAAUGGCAAUGCAGGUAGAACGACAAGAGGAAAGUAUUGAGGAAGAUAUUUUGGGACCACUUCCACUUAGUAGGCUUGAGACAGUUGGUAUAAGUGCAAAUGACAUAAAGAAGUUAGAAGAAGCAGGCUACUACACUGUGGAAGCUGUGGCCUUUGCUCCAAAGAAGAGUAUUAUUACCAUAAAGGGCAUCAGUGAGGCUAAGGCAGACAAGAUUCUAGGUGAAGCUGCUAAAAUGGUUCCAAUGGGAUUCACCACUGCAACAGAAUUCCACCAGAAGCGCUCAGAGAUUAUACAAAUAACAAGUGGAUCAAAAGAAUUGGACAAAUUAUUACAAGGUGGCAUAGAAACUGGUUCAAUUACAGAAAUAUUUGGAGAGUUCAGAACAGGAAAGACUCAACUUUGCCACCAGUUAGCUGUUACUUGCCAGCUUCCAAUAGACAUGGGUGGUGGAGAGGGGAAAUGUUUGUAUAUCGACUCUGAGGGAACAUUUAGACCUGAAAGGUUAUUAGCAGUAGCAGAAAAGUAUGGGCUAUCAGGCAGUGAUGUGUUAGACAAUGUUGCCUAUGCCAGAGCUUACAAUACUGACCACCAGACACAGUUACUCAUUCAAGCAGCAGCCAUGAUGGCAGAGUCCAGAUAUUCCCUUCUUAUUGUAGACAGUGCCACAGCCCUGUACAGAACAGACUACUCUGGCCGAGGAGAGUUGUCAGCCAGACAGAUGCAUUUAGCACGGUUCUUGAGAACACUUCUCAGACUAUCAGAUGAAUUUGGGGUAGCAGUGGUAAUAACAAACCAAGUUGUAGCCCAGGUGGAUGGGGCAGCCAUGUUUUCUGCAGAUCCCAAAAAGCCCAUUGGUGGCAAUAUCAUUGCACACGCUUCCACUACCAGAUUAUACCUUCGCAAAGGCCGUGGAGAGACCAGGAUCUGUAAAAUCUAUGACUCCCCCUGUUUGCCAGAAGCUGAGGCCAUGUUUGCCAUUUAUGCUGAUGGGAUUGGAGAUUCAAAAGACUAAAUGUUACUCCAAAGACAUUAAACUUUCUAAGAUGCCAAGGAAUAGCAGUUUGGAAGUCAUGCAGUUUUAAUCUGUACAUUUGAAAAAGAAUCACAGGGAUGGGUUCUGAAUGGGGAAAAUGUUAAUAACUGCAAAUGGAUUGACAUUUUCCUUUGGUGUUGUGUUAUAUAUUAGAUUGACAGACAAAAGAAACAUCUGGCAGAGUUGGAACUAGAACAGAUCUUGAAAUUCUUUUUGAUAUCAUUGCAGCAGAAUGUUGCUGCUUUUUUCCUGACAGUUUGAAUGAGAAAAUCUUUCUUUAUGGAAGAUGAAAAUGUGCAAUUAUUCUAUGGAAGAGUAUAUCACUUUUUGUUAAUAUUUAGCCAAUAGUAUUAAAAUAUAGAAUUGAUUUUCCAGGUAUAUGUAGUGUGAGAAUACCAUUGAAAGCUUUGGUCUAUUUUAAGGAAACAGUUAUGCAAAUUUUUAUUGAAAUAUAAAAAAUGAUUGGUGCAAAAAUACAGUGCCCAUUGUAUAUAUAACUAUCAGUGUUUCACAAACCUGUAAAUUUUAUGUUGCAUAUAGAGUCUAAAAUAAACUUUCUUUUUCAUUAA